GCGGGCGGCGCCGCGGGCGACACGGCGCCGGCUGCCGCCGGCGCGCCGGAGCUGGACCUCAAGCUGGGCGACAGGGUAGAGGUGCGCGACAGGACCUCGCAGGAGUGGAAGCUGGGCGUGGUGAUGAGCGUCGACCCCCUCAAGGUGAAGCCUUCUGGCUGGAAGGUCGCCGUCACCUGGAAGUUUGUGCGGCGGAGGACCGCGGACGCGACACGGAGGGCCGCAGAUGCCGCGAGGAGCGCAGACGGCGCUUCCCUGAAUCGGGGGACCACGGUCGAUUCGCUGAGGAGCACAUCCGCCUCCAGCGGAGCUGGAGCUGGCCGAGCGCAGGGGGACGGUGCCCAGCUGUACCGAGCUUCGACGCUCGGCUCGGUUCAGUCCGCCGUCAGCACCGCCACCGGCAGCAACGAAUCGGGCCCGGAGCAGCCGCAGAGGCAGCGGGGCCUGCGCACGCUCCUCAAGCGCAUCGCCGGCGCCCGCGACCUGGACCCCUUCUCGCCGAGCAACGCCGUCAUCAUCUUCGACUGGGACGACACGCUCUUCCCGACGUGGUUCCUGGGGCGCGGGUCGCAGGACCCGCUGCUGAGCACCUCGGCCAACCGGGAGGCCUUCCUGAGGCACGGGGAGACCGUGCUGGCCGCCCUGCGGGGGGCGCGGGAGGUCGCCCGGGUGGCCAUCGUGACCCUGGCCUCGAAGGAGUGGGUGCACUCCAAGUGCGAGCUCAUCCUCCCCGGCGGUGGCUUCCCCCGGGAGCUCCGCAGCCUGGGCAUCCACAUUUACUACGCCGAGCAGCAGAACGAGGACGACUCGCGCGUGCUGUCCAAGAAGCAUGCCAUGGCGAAGUGCCUGGGGCGUAUGUAUAGCGGCCUCCGGAGCAUUCGCUGGAACGUGCUGUCCAUCGGCGAUUCCACCGUGGAGCAGCGGGCGCUGAAGGAGCUCCUCGGCGAGCACUCUCGCGGAGCGCUCUGCAAGACUGUGAAGUUCCCAAGCGAGCCUACGCUGGAGCAGUUGACCGGGGCUCUGGGGUCAGUGCUGCCGCAGCUGAAGAACAUGGUGCAGCACACCAGAGAUUUUGACCGAACCAGCAGCGACAUGUGGCUGCGCCGAGAAUCCAGAUGA